AUGCCUGAUCCAGAUCUCAUUAUUUCCAGAAGUUGUAUUGAAAUUUAUGGAAAUAAUGAAAAUGAUUAUUGUUUUUUAUAUUCAAGAGAAACAUUAAAAUCCUUCAAAUUUGAAUCUAACUCACAGCUUACUACUAUUGGGAAAUAUGCAUUUUAUAACUGCACAAAAUUGCAAAGAAUUGAUUUGAUGUCAUGCACAAAGCUAUCGAUUAUUAAAGUAAGAGCAUUUUCCUUUUGCACAUCUGCUACAGAACUUUUCCUUCCAGAAGGACUAAAAAGCAUUGAAUCGUAUAGCUUUUCAAACAUAAAAAUCAGAUCGGUCCAAAUACCAUCAACUGUUAUUGAAUUGAAAAAAAAUGCCUUCACAAAAGCCGAAUCAUUAACAUCAAUUACUUUCAAAGAAGGAUCAAAACUUACCUCUCUUGUUUCCGAUGUAUUUUCACAUACAAGUUUAAUAGAUUUUGAAGUUCCCGAGUCUGUGCAAUCAAUUAGCGGGGCAUUUAUAUAUAAAGUUAUUUCAUUAACAGCAAUUCAUGUUCAUCCAAACAAUAAAUAUUUUGUAAGUGAUGAUUGUGCAGUUUACUCAAAAAAUUAUACAAAAAUAUUUUCUUUUGCUCCAAAUUCUACAUUUACAUAUGUAAUUAAUUCAAAUGUGACUGAUAUUAAUUUUGGAACAUUCGUUAAUGCAAAAUGUACUUCGAUAACAAUACCUCCAUCAGUUAAAUAUAUUGGUGGUUCUGCUUUUUAUGAGACGAGAAAUCUUAAACAAAUCGUACUACCUCCAACAUUAACAAUUAUUGAAGGCUAUACAUUUUAUUUUUCAGCAAUAACAUCAAUUGAUAUACCAGAGAAUGUUACUAAAAUUGAAGUAGGUGCAUUUAAAGCAUGUUUUUAUUUGAAUAAUAUUCUUCUUCCAGGAAAUAUGACUUCAAUUGGAGGGGGAGCUUUUCCUCCAAAUUCAGAUAUUAAUAUUACGUUUAAAGGAAAUUCAUCAUUGAAGAUUGAUAAACAAUUGUUAUUGAUGUCUAAAGAUAACUCAUCAAUUUCAUCAUUACUUGAUCCUUCAGCAACUUCAAUCAUUAUUCCCAGCCAAACUAAAAUAAUAAGAGAUUGGGCGUUUUCAUCUAAUAUUAAUAUCAGGGUGAUUUCAUGUGAUGGUAUCUCAGAAUUAGAAUUUAUUGAAGCUAACGCAUUUAAUGGUUGCAAUAGUUUGAUAUCAAUUCCAUAUUUUCCAAAACUCAAGCAAAUAGCAAUACAGGCGUUUGCAAAUACGAGACUUUCUUCAGAAUUCAGAUUUCCAUCAUCUUUCACUCUUCUUCAUCCUUUGGCAUUCAAAAAAGUUACAACAUUACCAAGUAUCUCUUUUUCAUCAACUUCUACUAGUUUGACAAUCAAGAAUUCAGCAUUCACAGGAUGCACUUCUUUAAGAUCUGUUUCAUUCGAAGGAUGUACUUGUGAUAUAUAUAUUGGAAUAAAUGCCUUUGCUGGAUGCAGUUCUCUUUCUAUGUUCAAUAUUUUAAAGAAUUUCAAAAAUAUUGAUUCUGGUUGUUUUAUGAACAGUGGGAUCAAAAUAAUAACAUUUGAAGAUAACAUUACUUCAUUCUAUAAUCUUCCUUCUAUGUUUUUAAAAGGAUGUACAAAUUUGAAUGAAAUUGAUAUUCCUAAGAAUAUCAUCUCCAUUGGUAGUGAAUGCUUCAGCGGAACAUCCAUUUCGCAUAUAAACAUACCUGAGAGCGUUGAAUCUUUGUAUUCUCAGUGCUUUAGCUAUUGCAUUAAUCUUGAACAGGUUGAUAUUCCAUUUACAUGCAAUCUAUACAAAAUCUUCCCAGAGAUAUUCGAAGGUUGCACAUCACUUUCAUUUAUCAGUGACUUUUCAAGCGAUUAUAUUGUUUGUCACAACAGUACAAUAUAUGACAAAAACUUCAGCCAUGUUUAUUUGCAUGCCCCUGCAUGUAAAGACAACUAUAUAAGCUUCGAUCGAAGACUUAAAAGUGUUGCAGACAGUGCUUUUAAAAACUGUAUUUAUAUUGAAUUUGUUGUAUUUGUCGAUUGCAGUGUAAAAAGUAUUGGACGUCACGCAUUUGAAUCAUGCAUACGCUUGAAACAAAUCAGUAUUCCAUUUAGUGUUUCAUCAAUUGGAGAAAAGGCUUUCUUCAAUUGUGUCUGUCUUAAAUGUGGCGUUCUAUUCCAAAACAAAUCUAAGGAAUUUAUGAAUAUCAUCCAAAAGAGUGGUAUUUCAAAUUCAGCAUUACGUUCAUGCGAGGUUGUUAGCUGUGGAAUAAUACAGAUAUAUAGUAUUCCUGUUGUCUCUGUUCUAUUCACUCUUUUUGUUCACAGGUAUAGCUAA